AUGAAGAUCCUCCUCCACUCUCACUUCCCAGCCGGCCAUGCCUACCCAAUGCAAGCCGUAGCCCAGUCCCUCAUCCGUCGUGGUCACCAAGUAACAUGGCUCACCAGCGCCUCCAACGAAGCCCGCGUCCUCGCCGUAGGCGCAAAGUUCGUCCCAACAAGUGCAAUAGCCAUCAUUGACGAGCCCCUUAUCGCCGCUAAUGAAACUGGUAUUCUCGACAAGGAGUACUCGCGGCUUCAGAUCAGGCUUCUGGCGCAGGUGACGGAUUACCGCCGGGUGUUGAGGGACUUUAAAGCAGAUGUCCUGCUCGUCGAUGUGAUGCCGCAUGGGGCGAGGGCUUUGUGCGAACUUGGUGAAAUUCCGGUUUAUGCGACGCUGGGGGUGAUUCCGAUGUACAUGUCGAGUUGGGGAGCACCGCAGGCUGUUUCGGGGGAGGGUCCGGCUACGUCGUGGAUUGGACUGAUCUGGAAUCAUAUUCUUCAUCUUAUUAGCCAGUGGAUUCUUCUGCCGUUGCUUUUGAGGCCGAUCAUAAAUGCCCAGAGGAGGGAAUUGGGCUUGAAGAACUUGCCGUAUGGGGAGCCGAUUGAGUCUUUCACCUACAGCCCCUAUCUUCACAUUCAGGCGUCGUCUCCAUCGCUAGAGUUCAAGCUGCUGCCGAAGCCGUCGCAACAGCGAGGGCAUACAAAGUUUGUGGGACCGGUUGUUACCCAAGUACCGACCAGUCUUGCCCAGCUACCCCCUGAAUGGGAUGAAAUAGUUGCGCACCCUCGGGUUGUUGGCAUUACUCAAGGUACCUUAGCCAUGGACCCAACGUCCUUGAUCAUACCUGCGAUCGAGGCGCUCUGUGGUGAUUCAGAUCUGCUUCUCGUAGUAGCUUCGCCACAUGUAGAAGAGAUCACAUCAAGGAUAGGGGAGCCGCCGAACGUGCGAUUCAUCAGAUGGAUACCGUACCAUCUCUUCCUCCCUCAGCUCUGCCUCCUCAUCACCAAUGGCGGUUACGGAAGCAUAACACAGGCAUUGUCUCACAAAGUGCCACUGAUCUGCGCUGGACAAACAGAAGAUAAGAAGGACACAGCAGCGCGAGUCAGUUGGGCAAGAGCGGGCAUCGAUCUGAAGACGGACAACCCUUCAACAGAACAGGUUCGAAUGGCAGCGAGGACGAUACUGGAUGAUCCAGGGUUCGUGGAGAGGGCGGGGCAUCUGGGAGAUGAACUCAAUGAACUUGGCGGCGCGGAACGAGCUUCGGAGCUUUUGGAGGAACUGGUAGAAUCUACAGCAAGAUAA